AUGGAAGAUGUCCAAUUGGUGACUUAUACCAACCGAAGCUUCCUUGUUGGCUUACGGUAUAAGGCUAUAAGCCACUUAAGAUUUGACAUUAACAUUGGGCCUUUGCCGAACUGGACUCUAAAAGAAGUAAGUGAGCUUCUAUUGGGCCGGACUCGAGUACGAAGCUAACUAACAAUCACAAAACUGCUCAUCGAAUAUCAAUUAUUUGUGCAUCGCAGCUGCUCCGACCCAAAAGCUCUGUGGACGAUUUCAAGUCAAAUGCGUAAUGAGGACAUUGUUCUGCUGCUCAUCAGGAAGCUUGAAAUUUCCUUUCUUUAAAUCAUAUUUCUCUGAUCCAGGUCUUCAGCUUUUACUUAGUAUCAUCAGUCAACGAAACAGCUCAAAAAACUUCUUUUAUAUCAUCUCUGUGAUGGAAGCUUUUCAAAAAAUUGGAUGG